CGUUAGUACGAGGUACGAGUUAUAGUAACUGUGGUGCUAUUGUUGCGAUGCAAGAGGUUCGUAUGUCGGGCGGGUCGGAUAGAUGAUGUAGAAAUCGACAACUACUACAGUUUUUAGCACUCAAAUCUGUGAAACAAUUUACACGACGAAAGGUAUUAACAAGACAGCACAAUGAUGUCUGAUAGAAAAGCAGAGCUUGAAAGGAAGAAAGCAAAGCUUCAAGCCAUAAGAGAAGAAAAGGAAAGGCGCAGGAGAGAAAAGGAACAAAAAGAUGUCGAGGAAGCUACGGUCCGUGUUGCAGGAGUGGAUAAAGAUCACCGCAAAGAAUUGGAUGCGAUGCUUUCGUCUUUAGGUGUUGCUCCAGUAUCAGAUGUAUUAUCAAGUUUGUCUAGUAUGAAUUCUUUGACCCCUGAACAGAGUGCUAAUGCUACUCCUGAUGCUAGUUUACAACCAUCUAGUAUAAAUUCUGCUCAAAGCAGUGCUGGACGGAGGAAAAAUCGAGAACUUACAAUUGUCUCUGUGGCUCACACCAACAUCCCACCAAAGGAACCAGUGGUCUAUAAUAAACAAACUCAAACUAUUCAGACAACACUCACAUCCCACGACGGCUACUUUGAGAUUGACUGGUGGCUUCCCAGGAAAGGUGGGUCUGCACCAAACUACCUAUCUCAUGCAUUCGACUAUUACGACGAGUACAAUCUAAAUCCUGGUUUAGAAUGGGAGGACGAAUUUACAGUUUUGACAUUUGAUGAUGGCCAAGCCGAAGAUGAAGAGAACAGCUUGCCGCACAUGGACGGUUUUCAAAGCAAGCUUCCUCCUGGAAUUCUUCCUCAUGGUUUGCCGCAAGUUAAAGAAGUGCAGCCUGCAGUUACGCAAGUGGAGCAAGAAAAAGAAAAGGAAAAACCUAAAGAAGUACAAGAACUCAGUGAAGAGGAGAAACAAAUGAUAAUACUGUCCGAGGAGUUUCAACGGUUCCUUGAUCGUACCAGUAGAAUUGUAGAAAGAGCAUUAGGAGAAUCUGUUGAUAUUUAUACCGAUUAUACUGGCAACAUGGAUGGCGAAGAUGGAAUAGAUGAGAAAAGCCAUCAACGUCUGUGGUUGAAUAGAUCAUUCUUUUGCGAUCGAUGGUCUCGUAAUCGUUGUGUCACUUCGAUGGAUUGGUCGCCUCAGUUUCCAGAACUUCUUGCGGCUUCUUACAACAACAAUGAUGACACUCCAAACGACCCUGAUGGAGUUUGUUUAGUUUGGAAUACAAAAUUUAAAAAAACAACGCCAGAAUUCAUUUUUCACUGUCAGUCUCCGGUACUGUCGAUCACAUUUGCAAGAUUUCACCCCAAUUUAAUCUUAGGAGGUACUUACUCUGGGCAGAUUGUCCUUUGGGAUAAUAGAGUGCAAAAGAGAACUCCAAUUCAACGCACACCACUGUCAGCAAACGCACAUACUCAUCCUGUCUACUGUUUAAACGUUGUUGGGGCCCAAAACGCACACAAUUUAAUAAGCAUUUCAACAGACGGAAAAUUGCGUUCGUGGAGUUUAGACAUGUUGUCGCAACCACAGGAGAAACUAGAACUUUACGCGAAACAAUCGAAAUCAAUCGCUGCUACAUGUUUAGCGUUUCCCCAUGGCGAUGUUAAUAAUUUCGUAGUCGGCAGCGAAGAUGGAACGGUUUAUUCUGCUUGUCGUCAUGGUACGAAAGCUGGAGUACUAGAAACCUAUGAAGGUCAUCAAGGACCAGUUACUGGAAUUAGCGCACACGGUGUGCAAGGUGGAAUAGAUUUCUCCCAUCUGUUCUUAACGUCUUCCUUCGACUGGACAAUUAAGCUGUGGAGUCUGAAGGAGAACAAACCUCUUUACUCUUUCGAACAUAAUGGCGAUUACGUUUACGAUGUUGCAUGGUCUCCAACCCAUCCAGCAUUGUUUGCUGCAGUAGACGAUUCAGGAAGGUUAGAUUUAUGGAAUCUCAAUCAAGAUACCGAAGUGCCGACUGCGAGUAUUAUGAUCGAAGGAUGCCCAGCCCUUAAUAAAGUUUCGUGGACUCCGAGUGGUUUACAUGUAACAGUUGGCGAUGAUACUGGAAAGAUUUGGGUCUACGAUGUUGCUGAGCAUUUAGCACAUCCAAGGAUCGAUGAGUGGAAUAAGUUCUUGUAUACACAGCAAGAGUUGAACAACAACAAAGCAGACGACGAAUUGCAUAAACUUAAUUUAAGAGAACCCGCCUCCUUAAGUUCUAUACCUCCUCUGCUACAGACAUGUCCUCUCAGAUAAAGAUAUGAUUUCGUUUAGAUAUCAUCGUUAAGUUUAAUUUCAGUAAUUUAAACCUAAAAAUCAAAUUUAAAAUAUCUAUAAUAUUAUAAAAUUUUGAAAGAAGCAAAAAGAAAAUGUAUUGCACUAAUUUUAAUUUAUAGGUGGUAUACUUAAGUAUUUGUAGAAUAUCUUUAUUCUGUAUAAAGCGUUAAACAGCAAAACAAGCGUAUUGGCACAUUAUAUAGAUGCAAUCACCGUGUACUCAAUCGGCUCUAAUUAAAUAUGUCCCAUAGAGGCAUAGUAUGUUACUGUGAAACGACUCUAACGCGAUACAUAAUAAAGAAUGUGUGCAGCAUAUCGUUGCAUGUAAAUAAUACAAUAAUUGCAAGGAUCGAAAUGAUGAUUAUAAACUUGAGAGUAUAUAUGUAUUGUGAUUUGUAUCAUAAUAUUUUGUUCUUUACUAUUUUUCGUAAAUAUGCAUUAUACUUAGGAUUUUUUGGAAAAUUACUUUAUUUUUACGCUAAUGUUUUUAUCUAACGUAUUAAAAACAACUUCAGCAGAAUACUUAUAAGAUAUUCAAUUUUAACGUAAUUUAAUUUAUCGUACUUUUUAAAUAAAUUAUUAUUAUUAUUUAUAUUCUUACAAAAACAAUUUAAUCUGCACAAUUUGUUUUCUGUAAUAUAUAGUUAAUGGUAUAGUGAAAAUAGCAAAAUUUGCUACACAAAGAUUAUCGGCUAAAAACUGUAAAUAUAAUAUUAUCUUUGUGUUGUUAUACACUGCUGGGUCUAUCUAUAAUGUGAUACUGUUAACUAUAGUUCUGUGUUUUUGUGCGUACUCCUGCUCAGACAAAGCUUGUUUUAAACAAUCAUUUUUUUAAAGAUAAAUUAAUUGUUUCACAAUUUAUUAUAUACCGACAAAUAUUUUGUUACAUAUGGGAACUGAUCAAUUUGUCAAACUUUUUCUAAUUGCCAUUUUUUAAAUUUAAAUUGCGAUGGGGAAAUAAUAGUAAUUGUGUUAAUUAUUCUAAUUGUACAAUUGAUUUUUCUUUAUAUUAUGUUACAUUUAGCAUAAUUAUUCAUAAAAUAUAUGAUGUAAAACAAUUUA